AUAUAUAUAUAUAUAUAUAUAUAUAUAUAUAUAUAUAUAUAUAUAUAUAUAUAUAUAUAUAUAUAUAUAUUAAGCGCAAUAGCAUAUUUUAUUCGCGUCGUGUGUUCCAAAUGCCGACGCUUAUCUUGCGUAUCGUGUUUAGACUUUAGAUUCAAUGAUCGAGCUGUUUCUGAUCUUCUUAUUCGCUAACCAAGAGGAUGACUCUAGUCCAAUUUUCAUUGAUGAUAAUUCGUAGAAAACGAAUUCAGGACUUCCCCUCGCACGAAAAAUUAUUCCUCGCGGCCUCUAGCUCUCUAGACAAAAAAAAAAGGAACAAAUACAAAGCGAAAACGUCGGAGACUACUUGUCUGUAGGCGUUAGUCUGUACGCUGUUGAUUUGUUAAUGGAAAAAUAAAGUAAAUGUUUAUUUCGUAAAAAUGUGAAAAAAAGAACUGACGCAACCUUUCCUCCUUCCAUCCUCCUGUCCCUGUUUUCUAAACUGUUUUCUCGAUCAAAAAUCACGUUGUGAUCACGUUCUGCAAACUCACAGAUGUUCAUUCUCUCCAUUAAGAUUCAAAUAACAAAAUGAUUAACGUUAGGCUAAUUAAGUUUGUACCUACGUCCGAGAAACUCAAAUGUCUCCGUAGAGAAAGAGAGAUUCUUUCGAACGGACGCAAAAUUCGACUCUUAGUCACGCGCACGAGAUCGUACGCAAUAUCAAAAUGCCCGGUGGUGUAGUAUUUUUAGUGUGCAUUCCUACUUUGAGUUACGAGCACGAGCUAGUUUUUGGUAUCCCCGUGAAACCCCCGAAAAAAUCUGAAGAACUUACUCCCUCUGUCGCCGGACCUAAAGUCGAUUUACGAUUGAAAGAAGUGAAAACUAAAGCACAGCUUCUCACGCUCGACAACGAAGACGACGACCAUCUGGAGAACGAGAUUGCGCUCGUUGGCGACGAUGACACUGACUUGGACGUUUCAUCGCGAAAAUAUUCACGUGCUCGGGCUGCUCUUCGUUCGAAGACACCUAUAUUCGUUUCCAUGGAAACGGUGUUGACAGAAUUGCUGAAGAAACUGAAAGUGGAACACGUUGUAUGGUGCAAAGACAAGGAGAACAUGUACUACGAGGUCAUAUUCCCAGUUCCUGCUGGCGAUGCAUGUGAAAACUGUAUACAUUGUCUCACAGAGAUGGGCAUAGGAGUUAAAAUGAACUCCAUCGUCAGUGUAAUACCGACUCAGUGUACCUAUAAUAGCGUGGGAUCUAACGGAUCGGCAAUGAUCAAGGACGAAAUAGCUCGCAGGAAAAAAGAAGCUCAGGAUCGGAAGGAUGCUUGGACUGAUUUCGUAGAUUCUAUACGUUCAAAGUUGACGGUCAAGCAAGUGGUGGAUGGUGUUCGAAGUGGCGGCGAUCUUUCUUUCGAUUACGUUCUACUGGUGUUAACGGCAGAUUGUUUAGCUGCGUUGGGUCUUGUUGAAAACAGUGCAACCAAUGUGGUAGCAGCCAUGUUGGUAUCACCUUUGAUGGGACCCGUUAUGUCUUUGACCUUUGGCACGAUAAUAGCAGAUAGAAGUCUUCAAUUGAUUGGAUUGAAGAGUCUCUUGUUAGGUAUAUUCUUGUCUAUACUUUUUGGAUUUAUAUUUGGCCUUAUCCUUGGCACGACAGAAAUGCCUUGGGGUUCCAACGAUUGGCCGACCGACGAAAUGAAAGGCAGAGGUAACUACAGAUCUCUUUGGAUGGGUGUACUGUGGGCACUUCCUUCGGGUACAGGCGUAGCCGUAGCCUUGUUGCAAGGUAGUAAUGGUCCUUUGAUCGGUGUUGCUAUAUCCGCUUCGUUGUUACCACCGGUUGUUAAUUGCGGCUUGUUUUGGGCUCUUGGAUGCAUCUGGUUGAUAUAUCGGCCUAUCAAAAUGCCACACAUAAAAGGAGAAUCUUAUACCGAUUUCAACAGUUCUUACGUAUACGUUUAUACAGAUUAUCUGCCCGUGGAGUUCUUUUGCAAUGGGAUUAUCAGUGCAUGCUUGACCUUUAUUAAUGUAAUGUGUAUUUUCAUCACGGCGAUAAUAGUCCUCAAGAUUAAGGAAGUAGCCGCGCCGUACACUUCUACACCGGAAUUAAGACGAUUCUGGGAACAUGAUAUACGUUUGGUUCGUGAUAAAAAUAUUUCCAGAGAUAACAGUUCUCUGGAUUCAAGCUAUUAUGACGGGUUGAGUAAAAAUAAACAAAAAGUAUUAGAACGAACUCUAAACGAAGCCGUACGCGAGGCAAUCGACGACAAGACCUUUAGAAAAGUUCAAAGAAUGAGUUAUGGGCAUGGGGCAGAAGAGAUCACUCCGAAACUUGGUCUUCCUAUGCACGUUGGCGUCAAUAACGGAGAUGAAAGGUCAAGCGACGAAAUAAUUGAUCGUUCCACGAGCAUUGAUCGUCCGCCAAACGGUUUACCAGAUUCUACAAGUACCAACGAAGAUCUCGAGGCUCUUGAUAGACUGAUCACAUAUCUUCUGGGUCAACCAAUUAGUACUGCUAACAAUAAUUUGGAUACAUGGCGCCGAUCGCGUCAAGCGAGCGCUAGAGGUUACAGACAACUACAUGGAACUGGUGCAGCCGCUGAAGUUGUUAACAUUGGUACAACAACCUUCUAAACAAUUCAAUAAAGUGUAUAUGUGUGUGCGUUUAUGCACACACACACACCCACGCAUGCACGCACGCACGCACACACAUCAUAAAAGAUAAAAUACCAAUGUGAUUAGAAUUUAUUACAAACUUAUCUUCGACAAAAGAAAUCACGUAACAAGAAGAUGAUUAAGAAAUCACUGUAACUGUACAACUCUCCGAACGGGGGAGAAAUUGAAAACUUAAAUAAUAAGUUGUACGAGAGAAAUGAUUGUACGCGCUAUCACAAUAACAGAGGCAAGAAACCAGUAAAAUUACAAACGAUCGGUUGUAAUAACAUAAAAUUCGUUAAUCGUCUAUGGAAGAUGGCUCGGUACCGAAAUAUCUAUCACCAAAAUUACCGAUACCUGGUAGUACGUAAAAUUUAUUAUUUAUCUCUGGAUCCAAAGCGGAAGUAACUAUUUUCACUUUUGGAAAAGCAUAGGCGAUAGAAUGGACACCUGAUUCCGCCAUAAGUAAAGAGACUAGUAAAACAUUUUCUUCCGCUACGUCGUGAUCGAGAAGAAUUCUAAUGGCCAUCAUAGCAGCAGCACCGGUUGCUACCGUAGCAUCCAUUAAUAUGACUCUGUAAUCCUUGAUAUCUUUCGGAAGACGCAAAUAAUACAGCUAUGAAAGAAGGAAUUGCAUCAAAAUAAUAUUUAAGAACAGCUUCGAAAUGACGUUUACUAAUAUAAUAAAUACCUCAGGUUCACCAGUC